UAAUACUGGAGAGAAUUGGGGCGCAGAACUCGAAACUUUGGCAGUCAUCAUGUGGAAAAGCCCGUCGUCUUCACAGUGCGCAAGUGCAGUAGCCAUCGUGCCACCGUUGCUGUGGUUACUGGUCGGACUUUCAUCCAACGCAGACGGCGCUACUCUUGAGCAAAGAAGGGCGGGAAAUCGAUUGUGUACAAAUGCGGCGUGCGAAGAUGACGAGCCCGGCAAAUUCAACUGUGGGUCCCGCCAGCUGAAAUGCAUUCCCCAGAGCCACACUGACGUCAGGGUGUUAGACCUCCACGGUAAUCUCCUGACCAAUCUGAUCGAAAGAUCCUUCAGCCAUUACAGGCGCCUGCAGAACCUCGACCUCAGCAUGAACGAAAUCAGCAUCAUCGCGCCGGGCGCCUUCACAGGCCUUACCAACCUGACCAGCCUGAUCCUCAAGCUGAAUAAACUGCAGGCGCUGACCAGCGGUGCCUUCACAGGUGCACAGCGCCUGCGAACACUGGACCUCUCCCUUAACAACAUCACUGUAAUCCAGCCCGGUACCUUCACAGGCCUCACGAGCCUCAGGAAGCUCUUUCUCCAAGAGAACGACAUCAAGUCAAUAGACAGAGGUGCGCUGUUCGGGCUGCAGAGCCUCAACCUCCUGGCCCUGCAGAACAACAGACUCCAGUACAUUCAUUCCCGAAGUUUUGACGGGAUGACCCAACUACAGACGUUACAGCUAAGCGAAAACAACCUGGCAUCACUGCCAGAUCUGACCUUCCUCCUACCCACCCUCCAAGACAUCUGGAUCUCGGGAAAUCCCAUCAACUGUGACUGUAGAAUUGAGUUUCUAAGGAGAGGAUUAGUUGACGAAAGAGGGUCUAUAACCUUACAUAUUAGCCAUCCGAUUCUCUGUGUUAAUCCUCCAUCACUAUAUGGGAUAGACCUCCGAUACCUAAAGAUACCCCUCAUCUGCAAGAAACCCAAAAUAGCUAAGAUUAAGCGUUUAAUUACGGCAGAGUGGGGAAAGAGUGCAAUUCUACCCUGUAACGCCACUGGCAUCCCAGAACCUAAUCUGUCUUGGACCAACCCACAAGGGGGCUUUGUCACCCACAAGAGAACAGAACGAGUGGCUCAGCAGAUCGACGGCUCACUUCGUAUUUCCGAGGUCCGUGAGGAGGACACUGGGAACUACACGUGCUACGCCCAGAAUGGAGAGGGCACGGACCUGGCUCGCAUCUUGCUCAUCGUGUCCAAGCCCUCGGGACGGACUGGCAUCGCCGGGGAUUCCGACUCCUUGGCGACCCAGGGGACAGAACCGCCGUGCACCGAAGCCGACGCCACUAGAUGCAAACCGGACCACGACCCGGCGCUGAUCUGCGACUCCACGGCUGGGAUCAUCGCUACCGCCCUGGUGACUUUCUCCACAACUCUCUCCACAGCGCUAAUUUUCUUCUACAUCUGGUACAGGCGACACAUGGACAAAAUGCGCCCAAGGGUCCCCAGGAGACAAAACAAGCACAGGGGUCUUGCAGACGGGCAGGAGGCCUGUCUGGAGGUGCAGGAGGCGCAGACAGAACAUCACACCCUCCAGAGGGUGAUCAACGCCAUUGCUUCACCGAAGUACCUCUACGCUAAACCCACGCGCCGUAUCGCCGUCACCAACAAACGGACCACCCCGCUGAGGAUGAACAAAGUUGAAGACUCGGCGCCCAAACACGGAAGGUACAUAGGGCUCAGCCACCUCCGGAAGACACCUCAAGGGAGCCGGGAGAAACUGAACGAGUCGCCGGACUACCUGCCGCUGACCACGUGUAACAGUAGCAACUGCAGCGGUAGUCUUAAAAACAGAGACAGCUACGACUCCACGGACUCGCAUUUGUACGAGAACGCGGUGCUGAUGAUCCGCGAUCCCAACUACACUGCGCUGGACCCGGCCACACGCUGCGGAGUUCGUAAGCCAACGGAAUAUGUUGCAAUCUGAGGGACGCAUUGACGUGGCGAAGACAUAGGCGUGGCAGUUGGACACAGCCACAGACCAUGCAACGUCGGCUCUGCCAAGAGCUCUGAUACUUUUACUUGAAUUUUGCUCUCAGAAUCCAUUCCAGGUACUGGCUGCAAGACAAGACACCAUACAGGGUCCACAAGAUCAAGAGAGAAUGAAAAUAAAUGUCAAAGGGUGCACGUUCAUCCGAAGUGGAGUGAUCGCAAGACAAAGUUAAAAAUGCGCAGUGCUACCAAUGGAAAAUUUAUCCGAUUCGUAAGUGACUUCGUCACAAAGGCGGACGCACCACGAUUUUCAGGCUCCUA